UGAUGUUAUAGUUUUGUUUCGAUAAUUAAUACCAAGUUCUACACCAGCAUCUUUUAGAAUAUGAGAUGGAGCAGUAUGGUUUGAAUCGAUUUUGGUAAAAGUUUUAUUAUAAUAUCUUUGUAUAUAUAUUGGUUUUAAUUAAUUAUUAACUAUUUUUCUUUAGAUUGAUCAUGAUGUUUGUUCAAAUUAUGGAAAUUGGGUGUAUGUAGCUGGUGUUGGAAAUGAUCCAAGAGAAAAUCGACAUUUUAAUAUGAUUAAACAAGCAUUUGAUUAUGAUUCUAAUGGUACAUUUGUACGUACAUGGUGUCCUGAAUUAGCUCGUUUAUCAAAUGAAUAUAUUCAAACUCCAUGGUUAGCUCCAUCUCAUAUUCUAAAAGAUGCUGGUGUAGAACUUGGUAUUAAUUAUCCUCGAUCCAUUCUUAUUAUAUCACAAUGGAAUCAACAAUCUCAAAAUCGUCGAACAUUAUUGCAAAAUCAAAAUCAUACAAAACAACGUGGUAUCGAUUUUUAUUUUAAAAAUAAUCAAAAACGACAUUAA